AUGAUAGUGUUUAUCAGCAUAGCACUGGUAUCUGCACUUAUGGGCUAUAUCUUUUGUUUGAGUUUGAGCAAAUGUACUGUGAACAAAAGAACGCAGCGAUAUCUGCUCAAAAAACGAUUGACAUCAACCAAAGAGUAUUUAACUCCACGGAAGAAAACACAUGAGUCUGUAGAUGCUCACUUUGACCAAACAAAAGUUACUAUUGGUAGUAGGUCAAAUGCGGCUUUGCAAUCGUUGUUUGAUGUACUACUUAAGGAAUACAUUGAUUUUUGGUACAAACCUCUGACUUCAAACCCAGACUUCAUGAUUCAGCUCAAAGUAUUUUUGCAGUAUGCCUGUGCAGUAAUAGUUCAGAGAGUUAAGAACGUUAAAUUUUCCGAAUUCCUUAUUCAUCGAUUUAUACCACACUUCUUCGACCAUGUUAUUCACAUUUUAUCCCUUACCAGUUCAGAAAAUUUAGCUGCUUCCAACGUUGGUGAGAUGCACAAAAAAUCCGGCACUAUUUUGAAGGAACAAAAGCAAUUUCAGAAGAGCUCUUUGAAAUCUUGCCCUGAAGAAGUUGUCUUAAGUGCUCUUAGUGAUCGACUGCAUGCAGCUUUAUAUUCUAGACAGGCUGAAGUGAUGUAUUUACGUGCAAUGGUGAAUCGAUUGUUACCAUUUUUGAGUAUGCCGCCUAGUCUUUCUCCAGACAUACAUAAAUCAGAAGGAUCUACUGUUGGUCAUAGUUCUCGUCUUCGACGUAAUCGAGUUAUGAAUAUCUCUCCUGGACGUUUGCAGUGUUCUCCAGAUAUAGAAAAUCAAUCACCGGUUACUCGCAGUGUCUCUAGCGGUGCUCUAUUUCUUCAAAAGUUAGUGAAACUAGGUUGUAAUCCAUCAUCAUAUAGUUUUUUGAUCGAAAUAUUGUCCACAUGUGUUCUGUUACCUGCAAUGGACAUUUUGGCUAAUUCUGAUUUUCUCAAUCAUUUAAUUCUACUAUGUUUUUCUGGUAAUACAGAUCCAGAACCAUUGAAGAAACAUGACUGUGAACAUGUUCCUCUUCUUGAAGCAUAUAUUCAUGACUGGCAGAAAUGGUUGUCUAAAAAGCCAUCAUCAUCGCUUCACUUGGAGACAUUAUUGAGUCAUCAAGAUGAACUGUAUCCAUUUAUGCAGUAUAUGAAGUCAGUCAAAUCGAUUGGACCAUUGACAGUUGUUCUGCUUAUGCACCAGAUAAACUCACGUGUAUCAAAGCGUAUCCUGUCAUUUGAUGCUUGUCAUGAAAUCGAAGCUCAAAUACGCCAUAUUUUAAGCAUAUUACAUGAUGAUGAUACUACUACUACUAGUAGUAGUAGUAGCAGUAGUUGGACUAGUCCAACCGAUUUCGCUGAGAAUUAUAGCAAUAGUGAUGGUGAAUCUAUUAACCACAAAGUAUCUACAUCUUUCACGCACCAGAAAACUUCAUCAACUAGUAUUUCACCAUCCAAUAGCAAUAGCAAUGAUUUACAACUUUAUACAAUAUCAACAGAAUUCGAAGAAUUACUUGAAGGCAGUUUAAAUAUGGAAGAGAACUUAUGA